AAAGCAUGAGGGACUGCAUUUGGGCCCCGGGGAGAUAGAGAACUGGGGAGGUUUCACAGAGGGAGAGCUAGCUGGAUGACCCCCAGGCCCUAGGCUCUGGCGGGCUCUAGAUGGUUGGAGGUUUGGCGUGCACCUGCCUAGAGCAUGGGGCAACUUCUCCCAGCGCCGGUAAGCGGCGCUUUAGCGCAGCCUGUCAGCGGCCGCCAAGCCCCGGACUACACGUCCCAGAGGGCCCUGCUCCCCGCGCUGUCGCAAUUUGAACUAGGCAGGUCCUGCCUAGGAAGAGAAGCCAUAGUCGGCUAGCGCUGCUGGGGCAUUCUGCCUGCGCUGCCGCUGCGCCCGCCGAGAUGGUUGGGCUCCUGCUCCUGCUCCUCCUUCUCCCCUUCCUUCUGUACGUGGCUGCGCCCCAAAUCAGGAAAAUGCUGUCCAGCGGGAUUUGUACAUCAACUGUCCAGCUUCCUGGGAAGGUGGCUCUGGUCACUGGAGCUAACACUGGCAUUGGGAAGGAGACAGCCAAAGAGCUGGCUCAAAGAGGAGCCCGUGUAUAUUUAGCUUGCCGGGAUGUGCAAAAGGGGGAAUUGGUGGCCAGAGAGAUCCAGACUGUGACCGGGAAUGAGCAGGUGUUGGUGCGGAAACUGGACCUGUCUGAUACUAAAUCUAUUCGAGCCUUUGCCGAGGGCUUCUUAACAGAGGAAAAGCACCUCCACAUUUUGAUCAACAAUGCAGGAGUGAUGAUGUGUCCCUAUUCUAAGACAGCAGAUGGUUUUGAAAUGCACAUUGGAGUCAACCACUUGGGUCACUUCCUCCUGACCCAUCUGCUGCUGGAGAAACUAAAGGAAUCAGCCCCAUCAAGAAUAGUAAAUGUGUCUUCCUUAGCACAUCACCUUGGAAGGAUCCACUUUCAUAACCUGCAGGGUGAGAAAUUCUACAAUGCAAGUCUGGCCUACUGUCACAGCAAGCUAGCCAACAUUCUCUUCACCAAGGAACUGGCCCGGAGGCUAAAAGGCUCUGGCGUUACGGCGUAUUCUGUACACCCCGGCACGGUCCAGUCUGAAUUGGUUCGGCACUCGUCUUUCAUGAGAUGUAUGUGGUGGCUUUUCUCCUUCUGCAUCAAGACUCCUCAGCAGGGAGCCCAGACCAGCCUGUACUGUGCCUUAACAGAAGGUCUUGAGAUUCUAAAUGGGAAACAUUUCAGUGACUGCCAUGUGGCAUGGGUCUCUGCCCAGGCUCGUAAUGAGACAAUAGCAAGGCGGCUGUGGGAUGUCAGUUGUGACUUGCUGGGCCUCCCAAUGGAUUGACAGGCAGUGGCAGUUGGGCACAAAAGAAGACAGCAGCAGACUAUACAGUACUUCCUGCCAAAAUGAUUGUCCUUCAAGGUGGCCAAAACCUUAACCACAAAGAAAACAAAAACUUCUAGUCUUGCCUGUGUGGUGUCCAGUUAAAACCCAGUUACACUGCCAGAUUCGUCUAAAUGCCUUUCAUUUGUCCAGAUUUACUACUAGAGAUAUAUUAUAGAAUAAGAAGACCCUUAUAUGACCUGCACAGCUCAUAUUUUCCUUCUGAAACCUACUACUACCUAGGAGAAUCUAGCUAUGUCACGGUUUACUUAUGGGAAUUUGGGCUAGUUUCUACCCUGUUUGUUCACAAUGUAGUUCUUCCCAACCAACCAAUCUUCACUUCAAGAGGGCCACACUGUAACCUCAGCUAAACUCUGUAAGUCACAAUGGCUUGGCUCAAGAGCAGCACUUGUUCCUCACCUCUUUAGCUGUCAUACACCAACAUCUGGAUUCUUUCAGGAAAUUCUUAAUUGAAUCUGUUACGGCAUGACCUUAAGCCUAAGGCCACUGCUAUUAAAGACACUUUCCCAUGUCUACCAGAGAAGAGCUUCCUUUUCUAAGAAGUUGUGAGGCUUGUGGGAGGGCAGAAAUGUGGGGAAAUGCAGAAAUAAAAAUCAAGUUCAAACAGUCAUUUUCCUGCUGUUUCUCAGACCAACAAGUGGGUAAUAUAGGGAACACUAUGAGAAGGUGGGCCACUUGAUUUCAGUUAAUGACCCCAGACCCAUAGAGGCCUUAUUUUUUGUGCCUUAGUUUCUCUUAGAAGAACCAGAAGAGGAAAGGAAUGGCUUUUGGGUCAUUGUCAUUGUGAAUAUCUUUGUGUGUCUUCUUUAUGUUUAUACAGUUGGGAGUAAUUUUCACAAAAUUCAAAACAGCCACAAAGAAACAGUGGCUGGUACCUAGUGCAGGUAAAUAAUCAGAGAUGAAGCAAACCAGUGUCAUCCAGUCUUUGAUACAAGUGAGUACAGCUGCAAAGGGAAGCAGAUUCUGUAUAUGUUGGUAACUACCCACCAAGAAGCAUGUGGGUAGCAGGGAAGAAGUAAAAAAAAAAAAAAAAAAAAA